CUUCCUCCCGGCGAAGAUGGCGGCUCCCUUAACUCUGGUUUUGAUUGUAGCUAUAACAAUUAGAGCGGUACUCUUCAAUUCGAGUUUGGCCGAGCUUAUAUCGGAGAGAGUGGAAGUGGUAUCUCCCUUAAAUGCCUGGAAAAGAGUUGUGGAAGGUUUGGCCCUGCUGGAUUUGGGAGUGUCGCCCUAUUCCGGGGAUGUGUUUCAUGAAACACCGCUCAUCAUCUAUCUUUUUCACUUCGUUAUUGAUUAUGCGGAUAUCGUGUUCAUGAUAGCAGAUGGCAUCACAGCUGUUGCACUCUACCUGGCUGUUCAGGACUAUAACAAGGGUGUGUUCAGGAAGCAGAAGUAUGCUCUGGAAGCUGACCGAUACCCACACGACUGCCUGGAGCUCAUCAGGACUCCCAAAGAGAUGUACUACAUCCCCCUCAAAGUGGCUCUGUUUUACUUGUUGAAUCCCUUCACUAUCCUGUCCUGUGUGGCCAAGUCUACCUGUGGGCUCAACAACGCAGUCAUCGCUCUCUUCAUCCUGAGUACAAUCAAAGGAAGUGCCUUACUGAGCGCCAUUUUCCUGGCCCUGGCGACAUACCAGUCCAUCUACCCUCUGACGCUGUGUGUGCCAGCCCUGCUGUUCCUGCUGCAGCGACUCUACAUCCCUGUGAACGUGCGGCGGCCCAGCUUCUGGCUCUUCACCAUGCAGUACGCCUUCAUGUUCCUGGGCAGUCUGUCCGUCAUCGUCUGUCUGUCCUUCUUCCUGCUCAGCUCCUGGGACUUCAUCCCCUCAGUGUACGGCUUCAUCCUGUCAGUGCCGGACCUCACCCCCAACAUCGGUCUGUUCUGGUAUUUCUUCGCGGAGAUGUUCGAGCACUUCCGUCUCUUCUUCAUCUGUGUCUUCCAAAUCAACGUCUUUUUCUACACCAUCCCCCUGUCAAUCAAACUCAAGGAGCAUCCGGUCUUUCUGAUAUUCAUGCAAAUUGCCAUCAUCUCCAUCUUUAAGUCCUACCCCACGGUGGGGGACAUCGCUCUCUACAUGGCCUUCCUACCCCUGUGGAGCCACCUGUACAGAUUCCUGAGGAACAUCUUCCUGGUUUCUUGCGUGCUGUUGGCUUGCUCCGCCCUGUUUCCUGUCCUCUGGCACCUGUGGAUUUACGCUGGGAGCGCCAACUCAAACUUCUACUACGCCAUCACCCUCCUGUUUAACGUUGGUCAGAUCCUGCUGGUGUCGGACUACUUUUACGCCUACCUGCGGCGGGAGCACCACCUGACGCACGGGCUGUACCUGAAGCGCAGGGACGGGAGCGAGGCCACCCUGGUGCUGAAGUAGAGCCGCCGCCGCGCUCCGCUCCGCCCCGCCGCCGUUUCAGUGUCACAUACGUCCCUUUUGGGUUUUUGUCUGGCGGAGACGGUCCCCCCGGCAGACCGAGGCCUCGGAAUUCCGAGUGCGCCCCUGACGGAAGCUGUGAAGAAGAAAAGCGCUAUGGGACCCACGCAGCCGGAGACUUGUGGGAUUUGUAGUCUUUAUCGAUUUUUCCUGCAUUUUUCUCUAUAAUUUCUGAAAAGACCAGCCACACUCACUCCAAUUUUUCUCUCUUCUCUUCUCCCCCCCCCCCCUCACUCUUGGGUCUUUCAAAGCCAAACAACGUUGUCCCCUCACCUUUCAGAACUCUCCUGCAGUUCAGGCUGUAGCCAGCAGAGGGCAGCAUGAGAAUGUGUGCGCGAAUACUUUUCACUCUGGGUCGUUUCGUGACUCAGCAAGUGGAAACCUUGGUGGGAUGAAAAAAAAAAAAAAAAAAAAACUUGCAGAAAUGCUUACAUUUGUUUUCCGUUGACGGAAGAGGCCUGUUUAUUUAAUCUCAUGUAAUUUCCCUUCAUGUAAACACAUUUUUGCUUUUCUUUCUUCAUGAGUUUCAGUCAUUUUGAUUCAUAAGGGAUUUAUAUUGUGCAUCUUUUGUCAACUUUCUUUGGAGAAAGCUACUAAUUCGCCUUCAACCUUUUCUUUAAACUGUUGUCGGGCAGCGUACGUAGUCCAUUCGAAGUAUGAACAGUCUGUGACUGGAGAGAUAGGACAUCAGGGAAGAUAAGCAGUGUAUCAAUGAGAGGACCAGGGGUUUUGCUGCAGGAAAAUAUGUGAGACGACACACUGUCCCAUUCAAUUUCACAACAUUGUCACAUCCACUUGAUUUUCACGUAAAGGAGGCUUGUGUAUUUUAAUACACAAAUGGCAUUUGUGUAUUAAAAUAGGGCGGUUGGUGGGAAGGCUUGUAGGCCUGGAGGCUGUUUUUCACCUUUGUUUUUCACCUCCUUUUCCCUUUGCCUCCGGGCGUCCCGUGUCACAUGAUGCGCCUAUGCCGCCUCGCCCUUCAACAUGGCCGCCGGGAUAUCUGUCUGGUGUGCGUUGGGUGAGGGAACUGUACGUUUAGGGUUCACCUCCCUGACCCCCGGGCCCUCUGGCAGGUGGUUGGCUGCCCUGGGCUACCGUUCGGUCAGCUGUUAGAUGCAUCGUAUGCAGAUUGCUUGUAUUUUUACGGUUAGGGUGAACGUGCUCACGUCCGUUCAAGCUAUUCCCUUGCGUUAAGCCCACACUCGUGUCUUCUCAGUCUAACCAGGUAGUAUGGUAGUGUGCGUGUGGAAGCAGAGGUGUUCUUGUGUGCUCUGAGCGCAUGGUCACGCUGUCCUGUCUCAGAACUGGAAGACUGGUUGGAUUCAAAUUAUUUUUGUGAGUUUUCCAGGGCAUUAUGGUUUCCCUUGGUUUUUUUCGUUUGCUGGGGUUUUGAAAAGGACAUACUGCACUAAUUAAUAUAUGUAUUUAUAACGGUAUUGUGGGAAAGUACUUGAGGUUUUUUUUUUCUCCUCCCCUUGCUCAUAAGAAGAACGGCGUUUCUGACUAUGUCUUUUAUGUGAAAACCCUGUUGAGGAGAAGCGUUAGUUGGCACUAGCGCUAAUGAUACGCUCUUAAGAUAACUUCUCCUACAUAGAGCUGUGGUCUAGUGGUUAUCGGAAACUCUUAUAUUGAGCUUCGACUGACCGCACCAUACAGAAAGGCAUUAUUUAUACGUGAAUUGAAUGUGUCAACAAAGGCAUUACAGUAUGUCUUGCAUACUGUUUAGCUGCUUAUGAAACUUUGAACAAACCGUGACUAAAACACCGGGUGUGCUAUUAUCGGGGGAGUUUUGUGUGUCCUGUUGUGGAUGUCCAUGAGGUCGGACGCCUGGUAGCAUGUGGAAACAUCAUGGCUUCUGUGGUAAUUUAUUCGAGGAAAAAGCAGCUGUAGCAAACACCACAUUGAGGCAAAUCAGACGGUAAAAAUGUGUGAUUUAUGCUCCAAAAACUUGGGAGGAAAUUGCAUGAUGAUGUUUGUUCAUUUCACUGAUCUUGGCUGACCUUUUUUUUUUUUUUUUUUUUUUUUUCUUUUCCUUUUUUUGCAUACCAACUGCAACUCAGAUUCCAGGUGCAGUGGAGAAGUAGAUAAUCACAGACGUCAACUUGUGAAGGAAAAAUAACUUUUUAUUUGUAUGACAAAAUACUACAACUGGUGUACUUUACUAUUGCGCAGAGAGCAUCGAGUCUGGCGCUUUGCUUGGGUGCUUGGGCUUAAAAUGAUAAUUAAAAAGUAAAUAAUAAAUGGGGUUCGGAUUACUUUUUGAACUCGACAUGCGUCGCCUUCGCUGGUGCGUGUGUUGCGCCAUCAUAUCGGCCAAUCAUAGUUUAGCAUCUUAUAAUCUUAGCAUCCGGCAGAUGUCUGAUGUUAUCUUGUGCCAUUAUAGUCCGGUACACGCCAGUAUGACCCCGAUGCUACCGUGCGUUCCCAAGUGCUGUCGGUCGAUCUGUCACCCAUUUGCAGACUUCUCCUCCGCCUGCCAGCUUAAUUGCACACGUAGCGCUUACAGCUACGUGUGUGGCUGGUUUCUGCUGGAAUGCGUGUGCUGAGUCACGCUGAGUUUUUCUUUUCUUUUCUUUUGUCAUGCUGUGUCAAUGGGGAAGUGACGGCAUGCAGACUUGCGCCAUCAGGACGCCAUGGCAACCACUCCACAUUACAGUCCCUGUGCUGCCUCUUUUUUGCAUGAUGCCUCUCUCACAUAACAAUGUGUGCUAUUUGCGGGUUUAUGAACUGGAAAAUAAUUCGGUUUCCUUUCCAUGUGAAGUGUGUUUUCUGAAUUUCUGAACGGGAGAGCUAGAUGUCUGACUGGCCGUUUCCGUUCUGUAAUGGACAUUCACAUCAUUUUGAUUGGCUGACGUCAAAGCAGACGCACCACUGAUUGGAUAAAAUGUAAAUCGCAACGUUAGUGACGUAAGUAGUGUGAAUAAACACACUGUUAAUUGAGCAGCUCCAGAGCGUACAGCAUCAGGUGGUAUAAAAACUUUGUUGCUUUCAGGAUUAAAAAAUGAACACUAAUUAAAAAUAUUUACCAUAUGA